AUACAAUGAUAAUUGAUAAGUGAUUAUUGUCGGCAAAUACCUCAAUUAGUACAUGAUUAUUAUAGAUUUAUAGUGAUAGCUUAACUUGAUCUAUGGGGCCCAGAAACUUCUACUUAACUCACACUCAACUCAAUUACUCAAGUUGAUUCAUUUCUACUCAACAGCUUCGGAGAGGAUGAAGAUUUACAGACUUCCUCUAUCCUACAGCUAACUGUAAGUUUUCACCUUCAAUCUCCAUGAUUUUCUCUCUCUAGAUUCUAGAUCCAAAAUUCAAUCUUUUAAUGCUUUUUGCAAUUUGAACUUGCUUUACAAACCCUAGAUCAAAUCAAUUAAAUUAGGGAGAAAGAUUUGAUCUUGAAAAUGAAAGAGCCGCUGAAUUCAGCAGAAGCCCCCAUAACCCAAAAGCUAAUAAAGCAAAUCAGCAAUGUAUGCUUCUCUGUAUUUGUAUUUGCAGUAUUAAUAAUCACUGUCAUUGCAAUCACUUACCAACCCCCAGAUCCAUGGCUUGAAUCUGCUCCUGCUCUUACUCACCUCUUCACUCAGGUUGAGAAUGCCACUUUCAAAGAUGACUCUUCCGUCCUUAAAACCGGCGAGGAUUUCUCCCUUCCUCCUGCUCUUGCUCCUUCUUCUGUUCUGCAACCUAUUACUGAGACUGUCAUUGCUAAUUAUGAGCAUAAUCUUACCUCUAACGCCACCCUCGGUCCGACAGCUUGUGCUGAGGACCUCGAGGACGGCGUUAAUUGUUCUGACCCUCGUGUUUUGAUCGCUAUUGAGCGCUUUAAUUUGAGGUUGUUUAAGUCCAUUGUCUUCUUGGAGUAUUCUACUCCUGUUAAUGGUUCUAAGCCUAAUCAGUGUGAUGUGGCUUGGAAGUUUAGGAACAGAAAGGAGAAGUCUUGGAGGAAAUACAGGGAUUUUCGUCGUUUUAGGAUUGGCCUUGGGGAUGAUUGUGCUUAUAAGGUUAUUGGUGCUAGUGGCUGGCAUUCUGGUGUUAAUGCUAGGCGCCCUAGACCACGACCCACGCCUGCCAAUCGUAAUCCCAAGAUCAGUGCUCCCUACCGGGACAGUGAGAUCAAUGAUACCAUACCCAAGAUUAACUCGGAUACAAAUUUUAGGAGAGGGAGGUACUUGUAUUAUUCCCGUGGUGGGGAUUAUUGCAAAGGAAUGAAUCAUUAUAUGUGGAGUUUCUUGUGUGCUUUGGGGGAAGCUCAGUAUUUGAACAGGACGUUCGUGAUGGAUUUGAGUGUUUGUUUGGCUUCUCAGUAUAAUCCUAGUGGCAAGGAUGAGGAGGGGAAGGACUUUAGGUUCUAUUUCGACUUUGAGCAUCUCAAGGAGGAGGCCUCCAUUGUGGAGGAACGGGAAUUCCUCAGGGAUUGGAAAAGAUGGGACAAGAAUCAUAAGAGGAAGAUUCCAGUGAGGAAGGUGGCAAGCUAUAAGACCACACCCAUGCAACUAAAGAAGGAUAGAAGCACCAUCAUAUGGAGGCACUUUGAUGCUCCGGAACCAGAAAAUUAUUGGUACAGGGUUUGUGAGGGACAAGCUGCAAACAACAUUAAGAGACCGUGGCAUGCACUCUGGAAAUCAAAGAGGCUGAUGAAUAUAGUUUCUGAGAUUAGCGGAAAAAUGGAUUGGGAUUUUGAUGCAGUUCACGUGGUACGAGGAGAAAAGGCUCAGAACAAGCAACUGUGGCCUCAUCUGGAUGCCGACACAUCUCCUGAAGCUAUUGUCUCAAAGCUUCAAGGAAUGAUACAGCCUUGGAGGAAUUUGUAUAUUGCCACAAACGAGCCUUUCUAUAACUACUUCGAUAAACUAAGGUCACACUACAAGGUGCAUUUGCUUGAUGAUUACAAGGAGUUGUGGGGUAACACGAGUGAUUGGUAUAAUGAAACUACAGCUUUGAAUGGUGGUCGCCCGGUCAAUUUUGAUGGUUACAUGAGAGCUGAGAUAGAUACAGAGGUUUUUAUCAGGGGAAAGACGCGGGUGGAGACAUUCUACAACUUGACCAGCGACUGCAAGGAUGGUAUCAAUACAUGUUGAUCAGAUAGGCAUCAGCAGAAGUUUGGCUUUCUUUCUAUCAACUUUUUCUUAUUCUGCCUUGUCGAGGUUUUGAAGCUCAAGUGAGUAGAUGACUGUAACACUUUGUAAGUUGUUUCAGUUCAUUGGCUAUUUAUAUCACUCGUCGCAAAUGGCUGGGCUAGGAAACUGUUAAUUAACACCUAUAAGCAAUUGAUUGGAUGUAUUUUAGCAGUCACUUGUAAAUUUGCCUGGCAUUAGAUGUUGCCCGAGUAUGGUUAAGAACCCUCCAUCCAUAUAUCUGCUACUUUAUUACUAUAAGGUAACUCUGAUUCUAUGUAUUUCACUGACAAUUUUGCAUAAAUUU